UCCCUCUCACAUUCAACACACAUAUUCAGAUAAGCAGCAUCAGGAGGCUCUAAAGCCCACACCCACCACAGCAGCAUCACUGUGCUGCCUGCACCAUAGAAAGGACCCAACACACACACACACACUCACACACCCUGCAUCUCUGACUCUCAGUUCUUCGCUCUAGCUGUCAGCCUCGCUCCGUCUCACACACGUGCUGCAGGGGAGGUUUGAGCACAGGCUUGCACUCAGAACCCCCUCUCUUUCUUUAUUCUUUUUCCUCCUUCUUCACUCUCCUGGUUCACCUUGUCUGCUCCAGCUACAUGGUACAUUACUGCGUCAGAGCCAGCGAGAAGCAUGCCAGGGGAGAGCACUCACAGAUCUGUCCCAGACGACAAGCAUCAGGACCUGGGAGGCGAGGAGACAGGGCUUCCAGGACCAGGCAUGGCAAGACACCCAUCCAGAGACUCCACUCCAAGCGACAGUGGUUCUUCUCCAAAUGACAGUGGGUCUAGCCCUUCUCCCAGCACUCCACAGAAGCUUCUUCCAGGAUCCACCUCCCCAUUUGGGCCACGACUAUUUCAUGUGAAACUUAGCUCGUCUGGUACUCCAAGACCACAGCCCGAAGGGUCCGAUAAUCGCGUAAACCCAGCCAGACUGUCAGGAAAACUGGGUGGUCAUGGUCCAUGUGGCCGCCAUAUCCCAGUUAAGAUGGAAAGAAUAAAGGUCUUGACUGGAUCCGAGGUGGAAAGUGACUAUCCAGGGUCACAGACAAUGGACACCAGAGUUGUGAUGGGUGAAGAGACGCUGCUCAAAACAACAGAAGUUCUGAAAGGGAAGAUCCCCACUGAACUAAAAUCUCAAGCUAUCCCUUUGCCCUAUCUCCCAAGUUUUGAAUGUUCACAGCUACAAUCUAAUGAGAUAAAACUGGAAACCAACAGCAAGGACAUCCAAUCACAAAUCCCCCAGAAACCAGUGGAUCAGGAAAAAGAACAUGCACAGGCCUCAGUUACAGACACUUCCCCCUCCUCUACAAAACAAAUCAAAACCAAUGACGAAAUAACAGACAGUAAGGAAGACAAUGAGACCCUCUCUCUAGAUGAAGUGCCUUCACUCCCUUUUUCAGAGCGGUCUUGUCCAGUUGCUCUGUCCUUCACUGAGCCAGUCUGUGCAGUUGAUCCCCUACGAGUUGGCAUUCCCUCAUCUCUUGACCCAGAACUUUACUUUACUGCUCCUUCCACUCCAAUUAAGGUGACUAACCGCUGUUCGCACCUUAAACAUCAUUCCUACCCUGGCUCCCCAGCCUCCCCUCUUUCCCCUGGUUCUCCAUCUGACAGUGAGGACCUCUGUUCCCCUCUUACCUCUCCAUCUGGCUCCUACAUCACAGCGGAGGGAGGCAGCUGGAUGUCUUCUUAUACAUCCUCCACCUCCCCAUCCACUUCUCCCAGCCUGCUCCUUGUGGAAGAAACACAAGAGGCACCUGCUUGCUUUGUGAGCUCCUUGUCAGAAAUUGGAGACGAGGUCGCAGAGGAGAAGGGGCGACCAGCCCCGGAACGAGAGGAGGAAAGGCCAAGGGACUUUAGCUUGUACCAUCCUGAGGAUUUUGUUAUGAAUUCACGGAUAGGUGUAGCAGACACGGUAAUUCCUGAGGAAGACGAGACUCCGAAAGGGGAGGAGGAGAAAAUUUCCAGAGAUACUUGCCGUCCUUGCUGGGUGACAGAGAAUACUCCCACUAUAAGAAGCAGUAGCAGCAGUGACUCCCAGGAUGAUGAAGGGGAAUCAGAAAGUUCAUUUUACCCAUCAGAGGAGGCAACUGUAAAUAGAGCAGUGUACUCAAGACCCAUGCAGACAGGCCUAAAGCUAAAUCUGGAGGGAUGUUUAUUAGAAGAACAUUAUAGGCAGAUGGAGGCCCACCCAGAUGUUUCCUCUACUGCCUUGACCCCUGAUACAGAAAACAUGUCUAUGCCAUCUUCCAGCUUCAGCCCUGACUCUCCGCUUCUUCCCCUGGAUGUCUUUGGCCCUGGAGCCUUUGAUAGGCUUGGCCCAAGCUCCUUCAUACUCUCUCAGGCUGCGUGUUCAGAUGUACAAGAUGAGGAAAGGAUGAUACCAGCCUCCCUCAUCUCCUUUCCCCUUCACACUAGCCUAAUCUUUAGGGCUGACUCAAUGGAAAUCACCCUCUUCCCCACAGAAGAAGAAAACGAAACAGAAGUCAAUGACAGAAACGAAAGAAAGGAUGUUGAUGCAUAUGGAGCAGGAGAGGAGGAGGCAGAUGUAGAGGAUCAUGAUGAAGACGAUGAAGAGGAUCAUGACGAUUACAAUAAUAAUGAAGACAAUCCUGACUCCAUCCCUGAUGGUGAUGAAGGGGAAGAAAAUGAUAAAGGAGGGGAUACAAGCGUGCAGCUUGAGGCAGGUGAGGAAGCUAGAGUAGAGGUGAAAGUUGUUGAAGAACAGGGAGAAGAGGAGGAGCUGGAUGAUGAUGAUGAUAAUGAUGAAGAGGAUGAUGAUGAUGAUGGGUGUGAUAGCAAAGCUAUAAAAGAUGAAGCUGAGGAAAGUUCAGUGUCCUUCCUUCAUUCACUUUCAGAAACAUCAAUCAAUGAAGGGUUAGAUGAAUCUUUCUGCUAUCAAGAUGAUACAGAUGACUCUUUAGAUUCUGCAUCUUAUAACGGGGAGGAAGAAGAACGUCUGUACAGCACUGAGAGACAUGCACAACCUCCAGAACCUCUACCAGCAGAUAAUUCAGAUCCAGGUGAAACCAAAUUGGAGGCAGAACAGGGUCCUUUGCACACACAACUAAACAUGGACAAACAAGUGGAUCAGUCCAAACCUACAUGUAUGUCUGAAACCACUGUCGCUCACCCUAAAGUUGUCAGCUCAGAACCGACACCCCCGGAAGUGCCUAUGUGGCCUGAACACCAACAUGAUCCUGAUGUCAAAGGUACCAUUAGAGAAGACGAAACAAAAACCUCAGAUAAAGCUGUGGGUAACCAGCAACAACUUCAACCAUCAAAAGUAAAUUCUUCUCAACCAGACAUCCAAACUGAUCUCAAUAAGAGAGAAGAGAAAAGCCAGAUAAGUACUGGUGCUCCACUUGUGGAGCCUCAAGAGAAUCCCUGUUCCAAUCUACCCACCAUUUCGGGUGCCGUUCAUGCAUCACCUCAUCCUGUAACUGAGUGCACCAGUGUUUCUCAUUCUGCUUCUUCUGUGGAGGAAAGAACAAAAGAUAUGGCUGUGGAAAAUCCUAGAGUGAUGGAUGUUGCUUUGCAACUAUCUUGUGAUCAAAAUGAGCACACAGAAGAACCUGAAAGAGACUCUUUUAAAUUACUCAUAAAGCCUCGUCAUGGCCACUCUGAAAGCCAACGGACUGUCGGAGCAAGCAGAGUUGCACUAUCAAAGUCUUUCGGUGGUAAAUACAAUGUGCCUGUGGGAGGAAGAUCUUUGUUGAGGUCAUGUCCAAACAGGGACUCUGAUACCAAGGUUGACCAAAGUACUGAGUGUGCUCCAGCUGAAUCUGGGAGUGUAGAGGGUAAAAUAAGUGAUUCUUCCCCACCACUGAAUAUUGUUACUCCUACUAAUGACUUAAAUAAAGGUGUUGUUCUCCUGUCUGCUCCCAAAGACCCAAAUUCCAAUCCCAGUAACAUCCCUGUUUCCACUUCCCCAGAAAUAAUUUCAGAACUUGGUGACAACUUGGCCUUGACUCCUGAACACUGCCCCAGAGACUCCUCCCUGGAGAACUUAAGUGAGAACACUUUGAGUACAGAUGAUGGGGUACUAGGAGCUGUUGGAUCCUUACACUCCCCCCUUGCCAUCUCUCCCAAAAGAGAAAAUUCAGAGACAGAUACAAGCAGAGCAAUGGCUCCAGAAUCUGGGGCUUGGUGUGAUGCCAGGGAGGGUCUGGGCUUUGGUCUGCGAUUUGGGUCAGGGUGUGAGUUUGGUGUUUGGGGAGCAGGUGAAUCACUGUCUUUGUCUCUGGGUAAGAAGUAUGAGAUAGAGGCAGAGAGUCUUCUCAUGUGUGACACAGAAGGGCAAAGGACAGAGACCGCGUUGGUUUCUAAUUUGAGCAGUGAACUGUGUGAAAACUAUGACAAUGUUCUCAGCUCUAUUCUGGAUGAGGAAGAUAACACUCAGAGUGGAAAGAAUGACCAAAUGUCAGAUAAAGAUUUGGUUGAAGAGGGAACAUCUGAGUCCAACUUAGCUCACUGGAAAUCUAUCGAAGAGAUUUCUGAAGCAGGCGGAGGAGAGGACGGAAGUACAGAUUUUCCAGAGGACAUCAGUAAUUUGAAUCCAGACAAUGAUAACGAUACCAAGGAAACACAAAUACGAGACAAUUUGAAGAGUUCAACUAACUCUGCCUUUGAGGGCUUGGACGAAGGCAUGUAUGGGAGUCUGAAUGCUCUGUCAGAUGAAAUGAGACACCAAAGAGUCAGUGUCAUUAUUAAUGAAUCUGUGUCUAAUAUUCCACUUGAUGAGGCGCCACUUCAGAUUUCUGACAGGACUCCUAAAGAAGAUCAAAAACCAACAGAAGAUCCUAUAGACCAAACACCAGCAACAAUACAGACACCUUUAUUAAAGAAUAGUAGUUGUACUGUCUCAGUUGACACUGAUUCUGAUGGAUCUACAAAACCCCAAAUCCCUGAUUCAACAUGCAUAUCUCAGUCAAAAUGCGAUGCUACUCCAGAGCAUCAGUCAGACUCUCUAAGGAGUAUUGCAUUUUCUUUGCCAGAGGGUUCAUUUGGCUCUUUCCCUCCAAAAUGCAUAUCUAACAUUGUUAGACUGAGAAGCCCUUGUAGAGAUGGCACAGCAAUAUUACAGCAUCAGAGGCACAAUCAAACAAACUGCAACAUUAGUCCAGAAAUUAAAAGAGCUACGGAUGAACCAAAGACUAAAGAGGCCUUUCUAGGAAAGCAUAGUGUUGUUUGUAAUUCAGGGGAUGAAAGGGAUGAUCAAAAAAAUAAGAUGGACAAAAAUCAAAAAAAGUCCUCUUCUGCACUGUAUGAUUCAGAUCACUUCGAGAGGCUCACACCUAAGGGUGGACUUUGCACAGACGCACAAGCUGCAUCCACAAAAGGGAAGAAAAGGAAGCAGAAUAAACAUAAGGCAUCUCUUGCAGAUGGUCAUGAUGACUUUAGCCCUGAGUCUGUCCAAGAUCCAAAGAAAGCUCCUGCUCUUCCAAACACCACAGGAAAUGGAUGUCCAGAUGGGAUGUCAGACGUUGGUAAAACUAAGUCUGACGACAAAGCUAGCAGCUUUUCGUCACUAGACGUUCAACAGAGGACAUCUGGACCAGACAAAGUUGAACCUGUUGCACAGAAGGAGGGGCAUAACAGUGGCAGUCCUGAUGAAAAAAGUCCAAGACAAGGACAAUGUAAUCUAAACAGAAGUACAACAGACAACCCAAAUGCAAUGAUGGCGAUGAACCAAGACCUACAACAGAAACAAGAAGUACUUGAUAACAGACCACUAUCUAAUAGUGAGAGGCAAAUUACAGUGGACUUUAAUGACAACAACAUAGAUACUGGCCCCAGUAAACCUCAGCAGACUAUCGUAUCAUACUCUCAGUCGCUGCGAUGCCCCCCUUCCUCUUUACCUUGUGCCUCAAUAGAGUCCCUGGCUGGCCUUUCCACACCUGUCCAGGAUUCCCAACCUGUCCUCUCAACCCAGCAACAAUCCCUACAGUCAAUCACUCAUCAGUCCACUGAUUCUGAAAUUCCUCCAAACAAGAACCUCCAAGAGGUCACUGAUGUAUUUUCAACACCAUCAUCUAAAAGUGUUUCUUCAUCCCCAUUGCCUGCUGCCAUACCGGCAGUCUUGUCCCAAGCUACCCAGGAAACUGGAAAUCUAGACUGUGUUACAGAAUCUUCUUCUCCUUCCAAGUCACAGUCUACCCACAGCACACAGUCCCACAAACAGAUGAAGGAAGGCUGUACUUGGUUUGCCCAAGACAUUUUUAGAGGUACUACUGUGACUGAAGAAGAAUCGGGUAGAGAGGAUGAUGGUGGACAGCUCCAGCAGGGUCAUGCAUCUAAGCCCAGUGGAGAUGUAGAAGACAGAAACAGAUCACUUAAAAAUGAGUCUGGUCCAUCAGAUCAGCGGGAAAUCCAGCUCCUCUCUAGUCGCCAACCGACCGGCAGACAGUCAAGCUGUUCAACCAGCCAUAAUCUCAACAUUUACGAAGAGAUAGAUCUCUCAGUUAAAAACAACAGUUCCACUUUGGCUUCCUGUAAUGAAUCUGAGAGUGAAGGUUCGAUGCCUGAUCUGGAGGAGCUUGAGCCUCUGAGACCAUCAGAACCACCGUGCAUAUCCACUGCAGAUGAUGGCUUGAACAGACCAAAGCAGAGCCGCAGUGAGAAGAAGGCACGCAAGGCCAUGUCUAAACUGGGUCUGAAGCCGGUCCAUGGUGUGACCAGAAUCACCAUCAGGAAGUCCAAGAGUAUCUUGUUUGUCAUCAGCAGACCAGACGUUUUCAAAAGUCCAAUGUCGGACAUUUAUAUCGUAUUUGGCGAGGCAAAGAUAGAGGACUUAUCUCAGCAGGCCCACAAAGCAGCUGCAGAGAAAUUCAAGGUGCCUGUCUCCCCCUCUCCAUUAGCCCCACCUGUCCCACCUAGCCUCACCAUCAAGGAGGAGAGUGAAGAGGAGGAAGAGGAGGUGGAUGACGGAGGUCUGGAGCAGAGAGACAUUGAACUGGUGAUGGCUCAGGCCAAUGUGUCACGAGCCAAGGCCAUCCGCGCACUCAAACACAACAAGAACGACAUUGUGAAUGCUAUCAUGGAGCUGACCAUGUGAGUGAGGACUGAGGACAACUGGACUCCCAGCUCCCUUGUUCCUGCCUAUAAAGCCUAACUACUGCGUACUCUUCUGUAUCGCUACCGUUGUAUGUUGCAUCCCUAACCUGCUAAAUAAAGUCUAAGACAAGUUCCAGUGUGGACUCUGGCUAAA